AGGGGGCUCCCCUUCCGUCUUCCACCCGUGGGCGGAGCCACAGCCUGGAGUCUCCGCCUUCUUCCCCCAUCACCCCUCGUGAGCGCUCCGCCCAGCGUAGACCCUGCCCCGGAAGCCCUGAAAGGAAACUUGAUUUGUGCAUCUUAGAAGAGGGUAGCGAGUAAGAGACAGCUGAGCUACUCUUACAGAGGAAUGCCUGGAAACUUGUAGGAGAAGACACGGGGCAGCAGGCCCAAGAGGGAAGAGGUCUUAUCAGGCAGAUGAAUUUUCACCAUCUACCACAAUGAGGAAAAGAGACGCUGCCUUCUGUCUUCUGCUUUUGCCAGCUUUUAUGACUCAAUCAGUGUAUGGACAAAGAAAGAAAGGACCAAAACCAAACACACUGGCAAGGAAAAAUGACGUCCGGGAUGUCAUUUGCUUCAUAGAUGUUGCCUUUAUCUUGGACAGUUCUGAAAGCUCUAAAAUUGUCCUCUUUGAUAAUCAAAAAAAUUUUGUGGACAACUUGAGUGAGAGGAUUUUCCAGUUGACUCCUGGCCGUUCGCUGAAAUAUGACAUCAAGCUGGCAGCCCUUCAGUUUAGCAGCUCUGUUCAGAUUGAUCCACCCUUUUCUUCUUGGAAGGACCUACGGACAUUUAAGCAGCGGGUCAAGUCUUUGAAUUUAAUUGGGCAAGGUACCUUCUCUUAUUAUGCCAUCUCCAAUGCCACAAGGCUACUUAAGAGAGAAGGGCGUAAAGAUGGUGUGAAAGUGGCUUUGCUGAUGACUGAUGGCAUUGAUCAUCCCAAGAGUCCAGAUGUCCAAAGUAUUUCUGAAGAUGCUAGAACUUCAGGAAUAUCAUUUAUCACCGUGGGACUUUCCACUGUGGUCAAUGAAGCCAAACUUCGCUUGAUAUCUGGGGACUCAUCCAGUGAACCUGUUCUACUAUUGAGUGAUCCAACCCUUGUAGACAAAAUCCAGGAACGCCUGGAUGUCUUAUUUGAAAGGAAGUGUGAACACAAGAUCUGUGAAUGUGAGAAGGGAGAUCCAGGAGACCCAGGACCUCCCGGUACCCAUGGGAACCCUGGUAUCAAGGGUGAGCGUGGACCCAAAGGAAAUCCGGGUGAUGCUCAGAAAGGAGAAACUGGAGAAAGAGGUCCCGGGGGAAUUCCUGGCUACAAGGGUGACAAGGGUGAACGAGGAGAAUGUGGUAAACCAGGAAUGAAAGGUGAUAAAGGACCUCCAGGGCCAUACGGACCAAAGGGACCCAGAGGAAUUCAGGGCAUUGGUGGACCUCCAGGGGAUCCAGGUCCAAAGGGAUUUCAAGGAAAUAAGGGUGAGCCAGGUCCUCCUGGUCCUUUUGGUCCCCCAGGAGCCCCUGGCAUUGGACAACAAGGAGUGAAGGGAGAAAGGGGUCAGGAAGGAAGAACAGGGGCUCCAGGACCGAUUGGAGUUGGUGAACCCGGACAGCCAGGUCCCCGUGGUCCCGAGGGAGCGACAGGAGAGAGGGGCCCACCAGGAGAAGGAUUUCCAGGACCGAAGGGUGAAAAGGGUUCUGAAGGACCAAUUGGCCCACAAGGAUUGCAGGGCCUGUCAAUCAAAGGGGAUAAGGGGGAUUUGGGACCUGUGGGACCCCAGGGACCAGCGGGUAUUCCUGGCAUCGGAAGUCAAGGCGAGCAGGGGAUUCAAGGUCCAAUUGGUCCACCUGGUCCACAAGGACCCCCAGGACAAGGGUCACCUGGUUCCAAGGGAGAAGUAGGCCAGAUGGGACCUACAGGACCUAGAGGGCCAAUGGGAAUAGGGAUACAGGGUCCAAAGGGGGAGCCAGGUACAGUGGGGCUCCCGGGACAGCCUGGAGUCCCAGGGGAAGAUGGGGCCUCUGGAAAGAAGGGAGAAGCUGGGCUUCCAGGAACAAGAGGCCCAGAAGGAAUGCCUGGAAAAGGACAGCCGGGCCCCAAGGGUGACGAAGGAAAGAAAGGGAGCAAAGGAAAUCAAGGACAGAGGGGCUUUCCAGGCCCCGAGGGGCCAAAGGGAGAGCCAGGCAUUAUGGGCCCUUUUGGAAUGCCUGGACCAUCAAUUCCUGGACCAGCUGGGCCAAAGGGUGAUCGAGGAGGACCUGGGGUGCCUGGCCUUAAAGGAGAACCUGGGCUUUCCAUUCGAGGACCAAAGGGUGUCCAGGGUCCUCGGGGACCAGUGGGUGCUCCAGGACUCAAAGGCGAUGGCUAUCCUGGUGUGUCUGGACCUAGAGGAAUGCCAGGACCCCCUGGACCAAUGGGCUUACGUGGUGUGGGAGACACUGGAGCAAAGGGAGAGCCAGGGGUCAGAGGCCCUCCAGGUCCUCCUGGGCCUCGGGGCAUUGGAACCCAAGGACCAAAGGGUGAUAUUGGGCAAAAGGGCCUGCCUGGCCCUCCUGGUCCCCCCGGUUAUGGACCACAAGGAAUUAAGGGGGACCAAGGACCUCAAGGUUUUCCAGGGUCCAAGGGCUCAGUGGGCCAUGGCCUCCCUGGCCAGAAGGGAGACCAUGGAGAACGGGGCGAUAUGGGAAAGAAAGGUGAAAAAGGAGAAAUUGGAGAGCCUGGUUCUCCUGGAAAACAGGGCUUACAAGGACCAAAAGGAGACCUGGGACUUACGAAAGAAGAAAUUAUCAAACUUAUUAUUGAGAUAUGUGGUUGUGGGCCCAAAUGCAAAGAGACUCCACUGGAGUUGGUGUUUGUGAUUGACAGUUCAGAAAGUGUGGGCCCAGAGAACUUUCAGAUCAUCCAAAAUUUUGUCAAGACUCUGGCUGACCGGGUAGCCCUGGACCUUGCCACAGCCCGGAUAGGCAUAAUCAACUACAGCCACAAGGUGGAGAAGGUGGCUAGCCUGAAGCAGUUCUCCAGCAAGGAUGACUUCAAGCUGGUGGUAGACAAUAUGCAGUAUCUGGGGGAGGGGACCUACACAGCCACUGCCCUGCAAGCAGCCAACGACAUGUUCAAGGAGGCAAGGCCAGGGGUAAAGAAGGUGGCCUUGGUGAUCACUGAUGGACAGACAGAUUCCCGAGAUAAAAAGAAACUGGCAGACGUGGUGAAGGAUGCCAAUGACUCCAAUGUGGAAAUAUUUGUGAUUGGGGUGGUGAAGAAAGAUGACCCCAACUUUGAAAUUUUUCACCAAGAAAUGAAUCUCAUCGCUACUGACCCAGAACACGUUUAUCAGUUUGAUGACUUCUUCACUCUGCAAGAUACUCUGAAGCAAAAAUUGUCUAAAAAAAUUUGUGAGGAUUUUGAUUCCUAUCUCAUUCAAGUUUUUGGACAAUCAUCCCUUCCACCUGGAUUUGGGAUGUCAGGUGAACAGCUUGGCACAUCCACUCCAAAGCCCUCAAGAGAAAUUUCCGAGUUGUUUAACAUAUCUAGAGGCCAGAAUGAAGAGAAUGAACCUUCCCUGUUGACUGAAGCUGGUAACUUGGCUGUCCCGAUCCCACCUGAGGCCACCAGUGUACUUGAGCCAUUUCUCAACAACUCCGAGACAAAGGAAACCGGAAUUCAAAAUCCCAAUUUGAUUUUACAGUCAGAAAAAUCUCUGUACAAAGAUCCAAGAUGUGAGGAAGCCCUGAAACCUGGAAACUGUGGAGACUAUGUAGUUAGAUGGUAUUAUGACAAGCAGGUUAACUCUUGUGCUCGCUUUUGGUUCAGCGGCUGCAACGGCUCAGGAAACAGAUUCCACAGUGAAAGGGAAUGUCAAGAAACCUGCCUUAAGCGAUGAAGAAGUGCAUCAGCCUGCUUCAAUCAGAGGCUUAGAAAGAGGCCAACACAAACAGUGUGCCACAUCUGAGCAUGCACUAAGUAGUGAUAGUUCGUAAACGGACAGAACCCUCACAACCACCACCCAUAUUGUAUUUUUUUAACCCAUUAUACUAUUAUGUAGGAUAUAUAGUAUUACUAGCUGCCUCCCAGGUGAGGAAACUAAGACUCUCACACUUUUAGUGGCUUGUCAGCUGUCACCCAGCUAAAGGGUAGAAGUACUAGGGAUUUGGGCUCAGCUGUGUGACUUUAGAACAGAGGUUUUAUCUGCUUCACAACCUGCAGCUUGGUCCUGAUUCCCGAUCAUUCUAUUACACAUAUGAUGUCAGGUCAAACCCCACCCUGCCUGUGGCCCGACUCUUACAGAAUGGCUUGUGAAGGGAAUGGCUCUGGUUUGAACAUUGGAGGUGGUAGGAAUGUUCACAUGUGUGCUGGGAUAAUGGUAGAGGAUGAUGAGUGAAGAAAUUAGCACAAAGUGAUGGCACAGAGAAACACAUCUGAAAUAAAUUUACUAAUUGUAUGAUACAUGGACACUUCCCAUUCUUCCUUGGUAUCAAAGCCUUUUGUAUGCUUGAACCAUGUAUUAAAAGGAAGCAGGUGUUCCAUUUUUUCUUUACAGACACAUGAAUGUGACUGGAUUUUAUGGUGAGGGAAGGAGAAUUAAGUCCGCCAUUUUGUAAUAAGUUUGUUACCUCAAGUGUGGGAAGGCUGAGAGUUCUAAGAUAGUAUUUUAACACAUCAUCAACAACAUGCUUUCUCCCCCUUGGCUUGUCAUCCUCAUCCAAGCUGGAUACCAAAAGGCUCCUGGUGAAAAUAACAUUACAGGGGUUUCCAUGGUAUAAUUAAAAUUGCAUUAUGUAAUAUUUUUUAUUAAAAAAGAAUACAUACACUUUGUCUUUCAGUUUUAAAACAGGAUGAGACAGGCAGUAGCCACAUCACCUAGAGAUUAGACCAAAGCCUUUACUCUAUGGAAGUCCCCAUGCCCCUCCCUUGAUGCCUUUCUAUGCCAGGGAUAUCCUGCUUCCAGCUUUGGGUCACUAUUGGCUUUUCUAUGUAAUCUUACAUGUAAAAAUACCCGUAUCUCUACGGAUGUCUAAAUAAUAUAUAGUUAGUCUUGCAUAGCUUUGUAAGAAUGAUUCUCGACUUCUGUAACUUAAUAUAUUAAUUUAGCUUUAUAAUCAAUCCAUGUUUUACUUACAUAAAUACAUUCCCAAAUAACUUAUUUCUUAGAUGUUGGCGUACUAGAGAACUUUUACUGAAAUAUGUGAUUUGCUAGCUGACAUUGUUAUUCAUAUGCAAAUAUUUAUGUGAAUGUCAUACUUGUGUAAUAUUUGUGAGAAUAUAUAACAAUAUAUUUAAUCAUU